AUGCCUCGUUUCGUCCGCGUCUCCGUCUCCGUGUCUCAAGCAUCCUUUGCGGCUACACUCGUGGCCUCAACCCUCGGCACAUUCAUCGCCCUCUCACCUCCUGCCCCUGAUCCUGCUGUGGCCCAACAUACCCCAUCAGCCAAUGAUUCAGAUUCAGAUACACUCUCACGGCUAGGUCUGACGAGCAGCUCAUUCGGCAAGCUCGCGAUGACCCCUCUAUUCCUACUGUCCUUGCACACUGCACUCCUCGCGCUAUACUACCCUAACAUACCCGCCUCGCUUCUCUGCCACGGGAGGAGCAACGGGAAUGGCUUUGACAUCAACACCAAGCUCCUACGCUGGUCAGCUCCGACAAUCAUCCCGCUCACGAUGAUUCUACUGCUAGGCAUCCCGCUACGACUCAUCCCCUACGGGACCCUGGGGCGGGACUUCACUUUUUUCCUUUCUGCGCCGGACAGGCUGGUCACCCGGGGAGUGUACGCUUACGUUCAGCACCCUAGCUACGUGGGCCUCGUGACGCUCGUGCUUGGAAAUGUGAUGCUCUUGGGACGAACGGAUGGGGUGGGAAGUUGUUGGAUCCCGUCCAGGCAGCACGACAAGUUACGCGGGUUGGCGAAAUGGGUGUUCGGACCUGUGGUGGUCUCGGCUCUGCUCUUCGCGCUUUGGACGAGGGUCGUGGAGGAGGAAAGGAUGCUGGAAAGGGAAUUCGGCGGGGAAUGGAGAUCGUGGCAUGAGAGGACGGCGAGGUUCAUUCCCGGGGUCUUUUGA